AUGGAGUUAAGUAAGUUGAUGCCGUUCUUUUGCUUGAUAUCGCUGUCUCUAUGUAACAGACAAUUUCCAACUCAGAAAAAUCUACCAAAUGAUACUUCAAUAAAAUGGUUGCCGCUACAAACUAUUCCAACCAUAGAACAUCCAAAAUAUGGUUAUUUUAGAAGAGUUAACACGCUGACGAAUAACUUAAGACAAUGUUUUUGCUUUUUACAAAAGCCAACUGGUAUAUCCGUUGUACAAAAACUGAAUUCUGCUGGUGAAAAUUUGGAGCGAUUAGUUGUCUACCUAUACAGAGACGCAUCUUCUGCGGAUAUUAAAUUUUACCUGCCCAAUAAUGAGAAACAAAUUAUGAUACCUGAUUUAGCAUUAGAUGAAGGCGAUCGCUUUGAAACACUUUCGGCAAAAACUAUAGAGGCUUUGUUUACAAAACACUCAGAGCUAGUGACAAAUCCAACACAGAUUAUUUUUCCAGAUAUUGCACAUGUUAUACAACCCGAAAAAUUAUCCAAAAAUAUGAAGGACCCUUCUUUUUAUUUGAAAAUUUUAAAAGAAUUAAUACCAAAAGAGCUAAUUGUCAAUGAAAAAGAAAAACCCAUACAUAUACAAAAUAACCUGAAUCCUGGAUAUGAAAUUCUAACAGAAGAUAAUAUUGAACAAGAGAAUAUAAAUUUUAACGCAAAUUUUCAACCAAACCAAUAUCAAAUUAUUACAGUAAACGGGGUUGAGCAACUAGAUUUAGAUUUGCCGUUAAAUAUAAAACCUGAUCAAGUUAAUAAAACAAAAAAUGAUGAUACGAAUCAAAAAGUCUUCAAUUUUAAACCAGAACCGUUCAACAGAAGCUCAGAAGACAUAAAAAAGCAGACGGAGAUAAACAUGCAGAUUAAUUAUAACUCGGAAGUGUUGAAUAUUACUACAGAUGGUGAAACUGAAGUACUUAACGUAAAUACAGCACAAGAGAACUCCAAUAUGCCAUCAGACAAUGUCUAUGUUGAGCCAAAUUUCAAUUUAAAUAACCAGAAAUUUCAACCAGAAAUUUUUAUUAUUAGUGCAGUAAACGAAAUCGAAACACCGACAGUUGAACCAGAAAAUUUAAGUAAUCUUAUUAAACAUGUAAUUGCAAAUGAUAAACCAGAAGAGUCGAAAUUAUUAAAUAAAGAAAUUAUAAAAUACGAAGGUCCAGAAAUAAUAGAAUCUGAACAAAAUAUAUAUGACUAUAACAUGAUAUGGCCUGUAUUAACAGAUAAUGAUGUUUCUUCUGGUAACAGUCCAGCUAAGUAUAGUUUUCAAAGACCUCAGUUAAUAUUAAGUGACAAAUUCAAACUACCGCUAACUCCCUUCGAUAAUGACAAUAAAGUUUAUGAAAACAAUAAAUUUCCCGGAUACGUGCAAUUUACCACCCAAAAUCAGUUACAAUAUUUCAAAGAUAAAUUACUGCACAUGAAUCCUACGGGUCCUAAUAACUUGUCUGUUAUUACUUUGCGUCCGCAAAAAUUAACUAAAAAAUAUCGUGAACAAAAUGAACACAAAACAAAUGCGGGAGACUUACGGGACACUUUUGAUACCUGGUUUAACGAACAAGUAAAACGAGUCCAAUUUUAUGAUUCAGAAGCUUCAAAUUCGAUAGACAUUUACACAUUUAAAUAUCUCGUUGAAAAGACAUUACGCGACAAUGGAUUAUUCGUUACAGAAAAAGGUCUACUUUCAGAUUCCAACGGCAACAUAUUAAAAACGGCAAAUUUAAAUCUACACCCAAUUUUAAUAGGAAAAACAGUGGAAUACAAGAACUUAUUGCAAGGUAAGCUCACCACAUUUAAAUUGCCAACAGAUUUGCCAUAUUUAGAAGCUGUUUUGGUUACUUCGCACAAUCCUCCAAAGAUUUUGGGAAUAAUACCUCUGGGAAAGACGUACCUUCCAAAAAGUUAUAGCAAUCCUUUAUCGUCGUACGUAGAAAAUGAUUCUGAUCAAGUUAUUCCAGGCUGCGGGCAUACUUGUAAAAUGGGGAGAUUUUUAAUACCAAGGUAUCAGUUACACAACAAUAUUAAGAGUAGUUACAGAGGUAACGACCACAGACAUUACAGACCUACCUCUGAAAAUUUAUUACAACUCGAACCAUACUCUCAAAUUUUACCAAAAAGAAAUCCAUAUUAUAACAAACUUUUACCCCAACCACCAAAUCCUUUACAUGUAAAACAUAAUCCAGUAAUAACUAAGGAGCCAUUUCUAUUCGAUCAAAUAAAAUCAAUCUUAAAUAUAAAAACAAACGUCGAAGACGGACAUAAUACCGCUGUUUUUAAAUACGGCGACAAAUCCACCGAAACAACUGAAAACAUUGAAUACCCAGUAACAGCCCCAGAGGAAAAACCUGGAUUUCGAAUUAUAGGUGGUCACGCCGCCACCAGCAGUGGAACUCCUGUAAGCAAUAAAGGUCGAUCUGGCCAAUCUUCUUCAGAAAAUAGCUUGGAAUCGUUGGAUGACUUUGAAAUAAUAUAUAUGACAUAA